AACUCCUCUUUACCUCUCCUCUUCAUUUGUCCUCAUUCAAUAUAUUUUCCAAUCUGAUGUGCCUCUCCCGGGGGCUCAGGAGGACCAGGAGACAGACAGCAUUGGGUGAUUUGCAAGUGGCGUGAUUGACAUCUCUAGGCUCGGUUGUUCGUUGUCCACAAGGUGGCACGGGGAAAGUGAAUCAAGUGGCAGGUGUUCAGGAGCACCAGUAUGGCUGUGGAGAGUUUCUCAGUGCUUCUGCAGAAACUGCGGGAUGUCCAUGAGCAUGAACUCGAAGGGUGGCAGGAGAAAGUACUAGAGCUGACAAAUAAAAAGAAUGUUGAUACAAAGCGUAUAGAAGAACUUUACAGCAGGAACCAACAGAUGAGAGAACAACAACGGAUGCUCACUGAGAAUGUAAAAAUACUGGAGAACAGGUUACGAGCAGGCUUGUGUGACAGGUGUACAGUCACUCAGGAUGUGGCUAAAAAAAGACAGCAAGUGUAUGAAAACUCUCAGCUUCAGAGUUUACAGCAUAUCUCACUACUAGUGACUGAGAUUACUGCUAUGAAGAAAGAAAAUGACAGAUUGAGAGAGCUGCUGAAGAUCCUAAGUGAACAAACCAAUUCUUCAUCGUUCAGUCGGCAGAAUGGUAAUUCAGAUGGCUCAAUCACUCCAGAGGUCAAGUUAUCACCUGAUAAUACAGUGGCUGCGGUGACUCUAAUGACCUCAGGGCUAAAGUCUAGCCAGCCACCACCAGGGGACGCCACUAUACAUGCAGAGACUUUCAAGCGUGAGACAGAAAACAGUCCAACUUGUUGCCUAGAGAAAGUCUCUGAACACAAACUUAUACAAGGCUGGGCCAGAGCAUUUUUAUUUGAUUCUAAUAAGCCCAAAUUGUCCAUCUCAAGUCCAUUGAGAUGGGGAUCAGAGUAUGGAACAGAAAGGAGAGCUUCCAGUGUAGACUUGGUGGAGCAAGGGCAUUCCCCUUUGUCUCCUUCUCUCCCCACUACUUUUAGGCCACUGAAGAACAAUCCUAUUUCUUCAUCAACUGCCUCUGAAGAACAUACCACCCGGCAACAAAUCCACACCCCUGUUCCCUGCCGGCCGCUUCCAAUCAAGUCUGGUCACCUCCCCUGGCCACUAUCAGAAUCCACUGACUGGGUAACAGUAUCAACACCCAGCUCUGGUUUUAGUGGUGGGAUAGCAGUUCACUCAAGCCAGACCCAAAUUCCAAGCUCAAAUAUACUGCGAUUCCCUAAACUGGUCUCACCAAUCAAUGGCCUCCAGUCUCGCACAUAUGGCCCAAGCCCUGAUAGUCUGCACACUUGGUCAGAGCAGUCUCCACGCAGACAUCUCUCAGAGCAUGCAGAGAGUAAAGAAAAGAGAGUGGCAGGAGUGGAAGCCAUUACAACACCACCCGAGUGGAGGAACUCAGCAGUGCAGCCAGAGAGGAUUUUUGGAGAGAACCUGAGAAAGGACGAAGAGGAAGUACCUUUGGAUCUGUCGGAGUCGGGACGCUCCAAUAGCAAAGAGAAAGAGAAAACACAGUCACAGAGCGAUGCAUCUUCAUCUUCAUCUUCCUCACCACCUGCUCCACUUUCAUCAUCGUCUCAGUACCCAUCAAGUCCUCAGAGUGACCUGCAGACAGGAGAUAAUUAUACACAGGAGGUAGCACAGGUAAAGCACAAGGAACAGGAAGAGGUAAAGGAAGAUGAAACUUCUCCAGCACCUGAAACUUCUGUCAACUCAGAAAACAAGAAAAUCCCAUCACUGACCAUUUCCCUUCAACCGGUUGUGGUUAUGGAGUCACUUAAACCUGGAGGACAGACAGUGAAAGUCGCUGAUCCAGGCAGCACACCGAUGGAGCCAGAGGAGAAGGAGAACAACAACUAUGAAACAAGCAGAAAAAGAUCAGGGCAGAAUACUGAUGCUCUUUCCCAUCGCUCACUAAAAGAGAAGAAAAUAAGGCUGAGCAGAGGAAAUAACCAUGCAGAGCCAGAUCAAAGAUGAAGGCAAUGAAUAUAUACGAAUCAUGCGGUUAUUGUGGUUAUCCGGCCCGGCAUUUUGUCUUCAUCCUCCGUCACCAUCCUCCAAAUCUGUGGUGUUUGCUUGAGUUAUCCAAAACACUGACCCUUUUCAGCACGUCUGUCAACAUGAAUGUCAUUUAACAAGCAGUAUUUAUACUGCAGUACACCAGAAUUGAAAUAGAUCUAGUGUUAGUGUGCACAAAUAAGAUAGUUUCCUGUUUUUUCUGAUUUCAUAAAUGAGAAGAACUUGAGAUUAAACAGUUCAUAAGUCUCCAAACAUAUAGCUCUAAAAUACAAGGGAUUUGAUUCUUUUAUCGGGUCGAUUUCACACCAGUCUUUGGCUUUACCAAAACAGGAACUGAAUAACUGUGUUCAUUGACAGCCCCUUGUCAAUAAGGACAAAUCAACCAGUUAUUCAUUCAUUUUCACAUUUCACUUUCUUCUUUCUCUUUAUUUGUUCAUGGAACAUUAAUGAUGUGCACUUGUUAUAUUUGACACUUUGUGCUUUGAUUCACGCUCAGUUUACUGGUUCUGUCCAUUUUCAUGUCUGCGCUCAGUUUGCGUUCAGUCUCUCUUCCGUGUAAGAGCUCUCAAAAGCACAGCUGUCAAAGGUCUAAUUUUGUCACGUCUAAGCACUAUGGUCUGUUUCUUGUGCAUGUGACAAAAAUGAAAACCCACUGCUUCCCCUUUGGUUUUUUUUUUAAAUGGUAAGCACAUAUUUUGUAAUAGUGAAUUUUCCACUUACAGUAGUAAGAGUGCAAACUGAAGAAGGGUGAAUCUGUGGGGAACAAAAUAUACUUCAAAUAGCUGUGUUUAGUUCUACAUCAUUGCUUUGCACAGAGGUAAAAACAAAAGUUUUAAAGCCAGAACCGAUAAAGAUAUUGUACUAAAGCUGACACAUAUUUAGUGUAUUUUGAUAGUCUGCCAAGCUUCCCAAAGCGCUUUUAAGACAAGAUUUGAAAAUGAGUUUGUUUUCAAAAAAUGUAAAAUAUAAGUUUUACAUUAUAGCAGGACAAAAUGGUUAAUCUAAUGUCCAUUGAAAUAAAUACAAAUAUAAUUAAAGUACCUUUCUUGAUGGCUGUAUGAGAGGUCAUGCCCUGUGUGGUUAAGGAGCAAGACAGGGAAGUACAGAACCGGAUGAACUCUUUAAGAUGUGGAAAACACUUUCAGUGCUUACAGGAAUAAGGCAAAUGAUUUGACCUUGAAAUGCACAUCUGUGUCAAUGGGAAUAAUAUUCUCUAUAAUAUGCUUUCACCACAAUGCUGGAACUUGAUUAUAGAUAAAUUUAACAAAUUUACAUGUACAAAUCCUAUAAAAAUAAAUAAAAAAAAACCCAGAUCAAUGUAUCACAUCCUCUACUUUCCAGUUUGGUGGUCCACAAAUGUGUGCAUAUAGUAUGUGCUAAUGCUGCAUUAAGUUCAUCUAGGCAACCAGGUUGGUAAAUUUGAUCUAUGCACAAUAUUUCUUGGUUUAUUAUUAGAACUCAUUACUAGAUGUUCAGUUUCCUCUCUCUGCCAGAAAUAUUUGCAUAUUUAGUACUUGACAUGUUGUGACCUUUUAGAAUGAAUGAAGAUGCUGUUUUGCCUUUUGAGAUUUGUCAGUUAAUAGAUGAUAGAUCUGUUGUAUAUGUAUAGUAAAGAUAUGCCGGGGAAAACUAGAUUUAUUUAUUUGCCUGUUUUGAUGAUUAUCGCAUAUCAAAAGAAUAUGGAGUUUAACCCUGGCAUCUGAUAGGGGAUUAAAAGGAUCACCGUUUUUCCUUUAAGUCCUUGUAUAACCGUAAGGACCAAAUAGACCAAACUGUUUCUAAUCCAAGACAAUCUGUGUCUCUAUCUGUGCUAAUGUGUAUAUAUUUAUAUUAUGUAUCGCCUUAUUCUAGAAAUAUUGUCUA